AUGCGCCCGCGCGCCCGCCACGCCCGCUGCGAUGCGGAGAGCUCCUUUAUUUACGCUUCCCUGCCAGAUGCUCAGACGCUCAUUGCUGAAGGGGUCAUCAGCCUUCACACAGCGGGGUUGGACAGUCAGCCCGUGGGUGACAGCUUCCUCUCUCAGCCCACAGUGGUAAUUUUUGAAUCUUCCGUGCCUGAGCUGCAGCAGGAGCAGACCCCCGGCAAGUGGCAGCACCUGUACAAGACCUACGUGAAGACCCGUCCCCCGGAGCCUGUGGACGCUGCAGGGGAUCCCAUAGACCAAGCUGAAGCCGAAGAAGAGUUCGACGACGAGCAGAUUGGGCCCACCAUCGGGGACUUCACCCGGUAUCGCAUGCAUUUCCAGGAGCAGAACAGGCUGACGCUGGAUCCUACGUGGUGCUUCGGAAAGCAGGGGCCCCUCUACCUCGUGGCUUGUGCCGUGAAUGGUUCUAUGUACCGCGACCAGGACUUCAAAGGCUUCGUGGCGGGACAGAAGGCGGCGCCCCCGCCCUUCAAUGAUCGGUGCCUGGAAGUGUCCGGGCGAUGUGCCCAUGCGUGCCUGGUCGAUCAGCCGCCCAUGUCAAAUUGCAGCAGCGACGGGACCAUCCUGCAGUCCACCUUGGUGGGACCAGUUCAGUGGGAGACCAACGACUCCAUGGCUGUGAGGAUCCUGUGCUACAUGCUCAUCCUCUGCUUCUCCCUCAAGGUAGUGCUUCUCUGCCCCGGUAUCUUCAGCGGCUACGCCCACUACCGAAGGUAUGAUCCUGACCUCACCAGCUACCUCCGUUGCAUCAACGUGUGCAUCCCCAGCUGGGGCGAGAAGAAGUCCAUCACCCUCAGGAGUCUGAUCGGUGCAGUGGCGUGCAUGCCCAAGGCAUGCGAGUGCCGCUUCCACGUGACUUUGGUGGAUGACCACCACCGGGAAGAGAUGCGGCAAUUGUUACAGAUCCUGACGAGGAUCAUUGAGGCGAUUCCAGGCUUCGAUGGGAAGUUCACCACCGAGGAGAAUGUGCGCCAGUUCUUUCACAAUUGGGUUGAGGGAACGAAGAGAAUUGCCAACUGUCAAGUUUGCCCGCUUGCGCUUUCCUGUCAGGAUGCAGCUGAAUACCUGAGUGGACGCCUCACUCUGGAGACCCUUCGGGAAAACACCUGGUCGUGGAUGGACCGGCGGCACCUGCAGCCCUUGGAGACGGCGGUGCAGCAGCUGCACCAGGCUCUCCGCAACACGAGCGACGAGGUCUUUGACCUCCACACUGAUGCGGUGCAGGACUGGGAGCCGAAGGACCGCAAUGCCCUGGCGCUGCGCGUGCACUACUUGGCCCGAGCCUCUGGCAUUCGAAGCUUCGAUUUGCGACCCGAUGCGCGGUCCCGGCCGGAGGAGGACGAGCGCACCGUGAAGUCUCAGCACGUGGCCCCUGGCAUCUACUACUACAAGGUGCCGCAAACGGCGGAGAACAGCCAGUGGCUGCACGUCCGCAGCAAGAUCAAAGAGAUGGUCUAUGGCCUGGAGGAGCAGGACUCCUUCGAGCAGUUCGUGCCCAUCCACACCAGCCGCGGCCUGCCAGGGGCCUUGAACUUCGCAGCCAAUUACAUGAACCUGUAUGGAGAUGACCGGGAUGUGUCUCCUUAUCUUUUCAGUAUUUGCGAUCCAUACCAUCAAUACCAGCCGGACUUUUUCCACACAACCAUCCCGCUGUUCUUCGAUCGCUCCGGUGAUUUAAACGACGAGGUUGGUUUCACUCAAUGCCCACUGUACUUCCAUGAGCUUGCUGAUGAGCUGGACUACUUGGACGGAAACAACGCCCAGUUUUUCCGCUUCCACAGCAUGAUCCAGAACUGCUGCGGCGGUGUCAGUGCUUGGGACACCAAUAGUACCCGGCUUCUGCACCGGGAGGACCAAACCAUGAUGUGGACAUAUGAGCGGAAGCGAGUUCGAGAAGCGGACCGCAAGAGAACAGCGCACCUGGUGGAGCGCAGAUCUUUCCCAGAGACAUGCAAGGUGGAGCACAUUGCCAGCAGCGUGAACCAAGUCCUCAAGGGCCAGCACUCGCGAUUUAUCAACAGGCGCCUGUCCUACGGCAUGUCCAGAAGCGGCACGGAGGCUUUGGCCUCCAUGCAGCGGACGGCGGAGGGCUAUGUCCUCUUUUGGCUUCAGUCCUUCUUUGGCCGCAGACAGGCCUUUAUGCUUUGGCUGAGCCUGAUCUUCUUUGUGUUCUUCGUGGUCUGGUUGUGCAUUUUGGUGGGCAACAUUUCGCAGGGCAUGCUGGUGGUGGAAAUGGGCGUUCUCCAGAAGAAUACGAUCGAUGAAAUCCUGGAGCCCAUGGUGGACCUCUUCAGAAACUUCGUGAAUAUGGUCGGAAGCAACUACUUUGGCAACAAGCCCAGCCUGAUCAAAAUCUACGUCACGACGGCGGUGGAGUUUGCGGUGUGGCUCGGAGGUCUCUCCAUUUGCCUCUUGGCGCUUUUCCUCGUGACGGAGUGUUUCAAGGCUGGGAGGUUUGUAUGGAAGAGUGGAGGAUAA